AAAAGCUAGAAAAAAAAAAACGAAUCUGAUAUUUGGCCAAUAGUUAAAAAAAAAGAAGGAAGAAGAAAGAGUAGAGCUUUAUAUAGGAAGUAGGAACACAAUACACACCACCACUUGUGCGCUAACUUUCGCAGUGUCCGACGAUCUCAAAGUUCCUCUCUUUCUCUCUCUCUCACCAAAAUUCGUGGCUUUUUUUGCAUUUUGCUUCUGAAUUCGGCUUCGGAUUUCACAAAUUGUUAAAAGAGUUUCUCUCAUUCUAUCUCUCUGUCAAGGAGCUUCAAGCCGCAAAGAGCGGACCUCGAGAGUUUUUAAUGCUGAAAUCGUUUCUAGGUCUGAUCUAAUUUUCCGGUGGCGUAACGGUUCUCUUCCUUCGCCUGCCGUCGUCAUUUGAGUAUAUCUGAAAUUGAAAUCUCCGUGGCAGAGAAAAGCAAUCGAAUUUAGCGACUUGCGAGUGUAUAUAUAUGUAUUGUAGGUACAAGUAGUGCAGUGCGCAACUACUGUCGCAUAAAGGUCGAAUUGAAACUUCGUGGAGGGUGAGAGAGAGAGAGAGAUGCUCACGUGCAUAGCUUGCUCGAAGCAGUUAAACACCAACAAUGGCGGAUCUAAAGAAGAAGAAGAAGAAGGUGACAGAGUUCUCGGAACACCCAGGUCUAAGCAGGCGAUUAAGUCCCUGACAUCACAAAUAAAAGACAUGGCAGUAAAAGCGUCAGGUGCUUACAAAAGCUGCAAACCGUGUUCGGGAUCGUCGAACCGGAAUCAGAACCGAAACUACGCUGACUCGGAUGCUGCAUCAGCUUCAGGGAGGUUCCACUAUGCGUACAAGAGAGCGGGAAGCGGAAGCUCAACGCCGAAGAUUCUAGGGAAGGAAAUGGAGUCGAGGUUGAAAGGGCUUUUGAGUGGAGAAGGCACACCUGAGUCCAUGAGUGGUAGGUCAGAGUCCACAGUGUUCAUGGAGGAAGAAGACGAGCCCAAAGAAUGGGUUGCUCAAGUGGAGCCUGGUGUCCUCAUCACAUUUGUAUCAUUGCCUGAGGGAGGGAAUGAUCUCAAGCGGAUUCGGUUCAGCCGUGAAAUGUUCGAUAAAUGGCAAGCUCAAAAAUGGUGGGCGGAGAAUUUCGACAAGGUCAUGGAGUUAUAUAAUGUGCAGCAGUUUAAUCAGCAGAGCGUCCCGCUUCCAACUCAGCCUAGGUCCGAAGAUGGGAGCUCGCGAGUUCAGUCUACCAAGAACAGUCCUGCAACUCCACCUCUAAACAAAGAAUGCCCUCGAGGAAAAGGCUACGCUUCUUCUGGCUCACUCCCUCACCAACAGACAGCACAAACACAAAGUCGAUACCGUGAUUCGUCUGGUCUUGCCACGACGCCAAAACUGUCUAGCAUAAGUGGGACCAAAACCGAGACAUCAUCGGUUGAUGUGUCUGCAAGAAGCAGCUCAUCGAGGGAGGAGGAAGAGGAAGAAGAAGAAGCAGAUCAUUCAGGGGAGCUCUCUGUAAGUAAUGCAAGCGACAGUGAAACAGAGUGGGUGGAACAAGACGAAGCAGGUGUUUACAUCACAAUCAGAGCUUUACCAGAUGGGACUCGCGAGCUUAGACGUGUUCGAUUCAGCCGAGAGAGGUUUGGGGAAACGAAUGCAAGAUUGUGGUGGGAGCAGAACAGAGCUCGGAUACAACAGCAAUACUUGUGAUGAUGCAUGAUGCUCUCUAGAUGAAUCUGACACAGCAAACCAAAACACUUUUUUUUCUUCUUUUUCUCAAAUGUUUUACUUGGAGAAAAGCUUAGCUACACAUGGAUGGACAUAACUUUGGUUUUUGAGAUAAUGCAAUGUGCUUUCAUUGACAUCAUCUAUAAAGAGAGGUCAUUCGUUUUAUUACUCUUUUGUUCAGCAGAAAUUUCUUCAAUCUAGACAAACCGAAAC